AUGGGAUUAGGGGCGGCUCCUCUACUUAAUGGGACGAUGUCGUUUUGUUGUUCUUUUGCACAGUCAUUUUUCAUACCCCUCAAAACUCUUUCCAAGUUCACUUCUCCUGCAAAUUUGAAGAUGAGUCUUUGUGAUGUGAAGGUCAAGGGAGGCUUUGGUGGCUCGAAUUUGAUAAUCGGGUACGCAAUUAAAACUAAUAAUAAUCUGAAGAUUUUAGAGCAUUUGAGGAAGUUGGGUUGUGGCACUGUGUUGGUCAGUGGUAACAAACUUAGAUUGACCCAUCGUGUCGGGUUCAAUCCCACUAGGUGUAUCUUUAAUGGAAAUGGAAAGACGUUGGAGGAUCUAGGGCUGGCUGCCCAAGAAGGCGUCUUUGUUAAUAUUGAUAGCGAAUUUGAUUUGGAUAAUAUCAUAGUUGCUGCAAGAAUUGCAGGGAAGAAGGUUAAUGUUCUUCUUCGUAUCAAUCCAGAUGUGGAUCCUUAG